AUGAGGCAGGACAUCUCUAUUAUGCACCCGUUGACACCGCUCACGCCAGCGGAGAUUUUACGUGCUGCCAGCAUCGGCCGCCAGGGCGCACCUUUCCCAGAGGAACCGCUCUUUGAGCGAAUUCAGCUCCACGAGCCACCCAAAGAGCUCUGGGUGGCCGGCAAGCCCACCGAACGUGAGGCCGAGGUCUUCAUCUUCCGAAGAAGCUCUAUUGGCGUGUGGAAGCUGAUCGUUUCGCUCUCGCAAGAGAUCGUAAUCGCCAAAAAGUACUACCCGAACGCUCGCCCUAUGCUCCAGCUUGAACAGUUCACUGCUAUAGAAGGAGCUGUACGGGCGUGUCCGGAGUUCCAGGCUGCGUGCAGGAAACACGGUAUCGAAGACAUGAGUCUAGUUUGUAUUGAUCCGUGGUCGGCAGGGGCGUUCGGUUCCGUUGAGGAGAAGGAUCACCAUCUUGCGUUGGCUUUCUGCUGGGUACGGAAUCAUGCCGAUGACAACCUCUAUGCACACCCAAUUGAAGGACUUUACGCGAUGGUGGAUGUCCUGGCCAAUAAAGUGCUCAAAGUUUAUGAUCUGCAGAAUAUCCCCGUACCGCGAACGGAAUGCAAUUACGAACCGAAUCUGAGAACUGAUAUUCGCAAGCCCUUGAAGCCGCUGCGCAUUGUGCAGGACCAGGGACCGAGCUUUGUCCUGAACGAUCAUUCAAUUGCCUGGGAUCAAUGGUCUCUGUUGAUUGGUUUCAAUGCACGCGAGGGUAUCACGCUGCAUGAUAUUCGGUUUGCUGGACGCCCAGUGGCUCGCAGGCUCUCCCUGGUGGAGAUGGUCGUGCCGUACGGCACGCCAGUGGAGCCCCACUUUCGAAAGAAUGUUUUUGAUAUUGGGGAGUACGGGAUCGGUAAGCUAGCGAACUCGCUACGGAUGAAUUGUGAUUGUACCGGUUGCGUGGUUUAUUUGGACGCCCACGUUGCCACGAUGCACGGCGAGCCGUUGACCAUACCAAACGCCAUCUGCAUUCACGAAGAGGAUGCCGGCCUGCUCUGGAAGCACUGGGAUUUCCGCACCGACCGUGCAGAAACGCGGCGCGGUAGACGCCUCGUCAUCUCCAGCAUUUCAACGGUUUGCAAUUACGAGUACGCCUCAUACUGGUAUUUUCGUCCGGACGGCGCCAUUGAGUACGAAAUGCGGGCUACUGGCGUCAUCAACACUGUGGCCUGCGAGCCGGGCAGACCGAGCCGCUACGGUACUGAGGUUAUGCCUGGCGUCGAAGGACACAUUCACCAGCAUUACUUCUGCGUGCGGAUGGACCUCAGCGUAGACAGGGAUCGCAACUCUGUUGUAGAGUGUAAUACGCGAGCGGAGGAUGCAGCUGCGAAUCCCUACGGGAAUGCGUACUACGUCACCGAGACGCCGCUACGAACAGAGCUGGAGGCAUGUCGCUGUGCGAAUCCUGCCAGCCACCGGUAUUGGAAAGUGUUGAAUCCGAACAAAAAGAAUCGUGUUAAUAUGCCAGUCGCCUACAAACUAGAACCGGCACAUCCGCUCACGCCGUUCCUUGACCCGGACUCACCCUCUGGACAGCGUUCCGGCUUUAUCCGUCGUCAUUUGUGGGUGACAGCCUAUGACCCGGAAGAGCGCUUUCCAGCUGGUGAAUUCGUGAAUCUCUCGGACGGACAGGACGGCAUCCUUCGAUUUGUGUCUCAGAAUCGAUGCAUCGAGGAUACGGAUCUUGUGCUCUGGCACGUGUUCGGCAUUCAUCACUUGCCGAGACCGGAGGACUUUCCAGUGCAGCCGGCAAUGAGCACUGGCUUCAUGCUACAGCCAUACGGAUUUUUUGAUGAAAAUCCAGCAAUCACUCUGCCACGCUCGAGCGACGCGUCCCAAAGUGGUUGUCGUGCCUGCGGCUAG